AUGAAGCGCUUUAGCUCCCCCGGGUGUGCCGCCGCGCUAAUCCUGCUGCUGCUGCUGGAGGUGGCUGCCCAGGCGCCACUGGCGGAGUCGGUGAACUGCAACCCCUUCGAGCUGAUCCCGUGCUCGGGUGCCAUCUUCUCGCUGGAGCCGCCGGGGAGCGACUGCUGCGCCCGGCUGAGGGAGCAGCAGCCGUGCUUCUGCCAGUACCUCAACGAUCCCAGCCUGAGGAGCUACGUCGGCUCCCGGAACGGUCGCCGUGUCGCCGCCACGUGCGGCGUCCGCAGCCCCCGUUGCUGA